AUGGCCAGCGGUAGGCCCCCCGGACCUCAUCCAGCCGCUGGCCACAACGAUGAACUGCUGCUGGAUGAGUCCGCUCCCAUGUACAACACGGGUCAUCGUCCACCCGUCAAUGAUGACAACCUCUUGCGACAAUACGAUAUAAAUGAUUCCGAUCAACUCCAGCCACGGCCCUCUGUAUCCUACGAUAGCUUCGUCGGCGGACAAGCUCCGCCGCAUUCGGGCGCCCAUGCGACGUCGUCCGCGCAUCCCCCGGCGCAGACUGGGGGCUAUCUGACCGAUCCUUACUCCGGAGCCGACAUGUCUCGCACCUAUUCACAUACGUCCGGCCUAAGCAACUACAACCGAUACUCCCUUGAUGAAUUCGACGACGACCGAUCCCUGCACGGAUACUACGACCUGGAUGAUGGCGACGUGGACCACCUGCAGCCCAACAGUCGGGUUCGUCAGGCGAAGGAGAGGAACAGCAUUCUGGGCCUAGGAGGUGGCUUGAUGGGAAGGGCGAAGCACAUGCUGGGCAUGGGACCCGAGUACUCGGAAAUGGAUCUCCCCCUGACGGAGUCGGGCGCUCGUGCGGCUCGGCUGGACAGUGCUGAUCCGGAUGAGAGGGCUGCGACCGGCGCUCGAAAGACGUCGAAGAGUUCGGAUUUCAAGUUCGGUUUCGGUCGCAGGAAGGUCGACCCAUCGACGCUGGGUCCUCGCAUGAUUGUUUUGAACAACCCGCCUGCGAACGCCGUACACAAGUUUGUCGACAACCAUGUCUCGACUGCUAAGUACAACGUCUUCACGUUCAUUCCAAAGUUCCUAUUCGAACAGUUCUCGAAAUACGCCAAUUUGUUCUUCCUCUUUACCGCUGUUCUCCAGCAGAUCCCGAACGUUACCCCCACGAAUCGUUAUACCACCAUCGGUCCGUUAUUGAUUGUGUUAUUGGUUUCAGCCAUCAAGGAACUUGUCGAAGACUACAAACGGAGGUCAUCGGAUAAGGGGCUGAACUAUUCCAAGACACAAGUGCUGAAAGGCUCGAGUUUUCAUGAAACCAAGUGGAUCGAUGUUGCUGUUGGUGAUAUUGUUCGCGUGGAGUCAGAGCAGCCAUUCCCAGCCGAUAUGGUCUUGCUCGCGUCGUCGGAACCCGAGGGUCUCUGCUAUAUUGAAACGGCCAAUUUGGACGGUGAAACCAACCUGAAAAUCAAGCAAGCUAUUCCGGAGACUGCGCAUCUGGUCAGUCCCGCAGACCUCAGCCGGUUGACCGGACGUGUCCGAUCGGAACAGCCCAACAGCAGUCUUUACACUUACGAGGCGACUUUGACUAUGCACGCCGGUGGUGGUGAGAAGGAACUGCCACUGGCUCCGGAUCAGUUGCUCUUGCGUGGUGCGACUCUGCGCAACACUCCUUGGGUCCAUGGAAUCGUUGUCUUUACAGGUCACGAAACGAAAUUGAUGCGAAACGCCACGGCAACCCCGAUCAAAAGAACCGCUGUCGAGCGCAUGGUCAAUGUUCAGAUUCUCAUGUUGGUCGGUAUCCUUGUGGCACUUAGUGUGAUCAGUUCCGUGGGUGAUUUGGUCAUCCGGCAAACGGAGGCGAAGCAGCUCACAUAUCUCGACUACGGCAGUACGAAUGCGGUCAAGCAAUUCGUCCUGGAUAUCUUCACCUACUGGGUCCUCUACUCGAACUUGGUUCCAAUCUCCCUUUUUGUCACUAUCGAAAUCAUCAAAUACGCGCAGGCCUUCUUGAUUAAUGCCGAUCUCGACAUUUACUACGACAAGACCGAUACCCCCGCAACUUGUAGGACGUCAUCUCUGGUGGAGGAAUUGGGACAGAUCGAGUACAUCUUCUCCGACAAGACGGGUACCUUGACUUGUAAUAUGAUGGAGUUCAAGCAGUGCACUAUUUCCGGCAUACAAUAUGGCGAGGACGUUCCUGAGGAUCGCCGCGCCACGGUUGAAGACGGUGUCGAAGUGGGCGUUCAUGACUUCAAGAAGCUCAAGGAGAACCUUCGCGCUCAUCCGUCCGCAGACGUGAUCAACCACUUUCUUAUUCUUCUUGCGACCUGUCAUACUGUCAUUCCGGAGAGAUCUGAGAAGGAACCGGGCAAGAUCAAGUACCAGGCGGCCUCUCCGGAUGAAGGGGCACUGGUCGAGGGUGCUGCACUGCUGGGAUAUCGUUUCUCCAACCGUAAACCGCGAUCCGUGAUUUUCACAGUGGAGGGGCAGGACUACGAGUAUGAGCUGCUGGCAGUCUGCGAAUUCAACUCCACGAGAAAGCGUAUGUCCACGAUCUUCCGCUGCCCAGACGGCAAAAUUCGCAUCUACACCAAAGGUGCGGACACCGUCAUUCUCGAGCGGCUGAACCCCGAUAACCCGACCGUUGAGGCGACUUUGCAAUACCUGGAGGAGUAUGCGUCAGAGGGACUUCGAACGCUUUGUCUCGCUAUGCGCGAGAUACCCGAAGCGGAGUUCCAGCAAUGGUACCAGAUCUACGACAAGGCAGCAACAACAGUUAGCGGAAACCGCGCGGAUGAGCUGGACAAAGCGGCGGAACUCAUUGAGAGGGACUUUUAUCUUCUCGGAGCAACAGCUAUUGAGGAUCGCUUGCAGGAUGGAGUUCCGGACACUAUUCAUACCCUUCAGACAGCAGGUAUCAAGAUUUGGGUCUUGACUGGUGACCGACAGGAGACCGCCAUCAACAUCGGCAUGUCGUGCAAGCUGAUCUCGGAGGAUAUGACUUUGCUCAUUGUCAACGAGGAAUCCGCCCAGGCUACAAAGGAUAAUCUGACCAAAAAGCUUCAGGCUAUCCAGAGCCAGGGUAACUCUGGCGAGACCGAAGCGAUGGCAUUGAUCAUCGAUGGUCGAUCGCUGACCUUUGCUCUCGAGAAGGACAUGGAGAAGUUGUUCUUGGACUUGGCGGUGUUGUGCAAAGCGGUGGUUUGCUGCCGUGUGUCUCCGCUUCAGAAAGCCCUUGUUGUCAAGCUGGUCAAGCGUCAUCUCAAGUCCCUGCUUCUUGCCAUUGGUGACGGUGCCAACGACGUGUCCAUGAUCCAAGCGGCACAUGUCGGUGUUGGUAUUAGUGGUGUUGAAGGUUUGCAGGCUGCGCGGUCGGCGGAUGUGUCAAUCGCUCAGUUCCGUUACUUGCGCAAGCUGCUUCUGGUUCACGGUGCCUGGAACUAUCAUCGUAUCAGCCGGGUGAUUCUGUACUCGUUCUACAAGAAUAUUGCUCUUUGUAUGACGCAGUUCUGGUACUCUUUCCAAAACGCUUUCUCUGGUGAGGUUAUCUAUGAAUCAUGGACACUGUCGUUCUACAAUGUCUUCUUCACAGUCCUUCCACCGUUCGCCAUGGGCAUCUGUGACCAGUUUAUCUCUGCGCGGCUGCUAGAUCGGUAUCCCCAGCUAUACCAGAUGGGCCAGAAGGGGCUGUUCUUCCGACGACACAGUUUCUGGUCGUGGAUUGCCAACGGUUUCUACCACUCGUUGCUGCUGUAUAUCGUCGGAGAGCUGUUCUUCAUCUGGGACGGACCUCAAGCCGACGGCAAAACUGCCGGACACUGGGUCUGGGCCGAAGCCUUGUACACGGCCGCACUGGCGACUGUGCUCGGCAAGGCGGCGUUGAUCACGAACAUUUGGACGAAAUACACCUUCAUUGCCAUUCCGGGAUCGAUGAUCAUCUGGCUGAUCUUCCUGCCGGCCUAUGGCUAUGCCGCACCGGCCAUCGGCUUCUCGACCGAAUACUACGGCACCAUCCCCGAGGUUUUCAAGUCGCCCACGUUCUACCUACUGGUGGUGAUCCUGCCGUGCAUUUGUUUGCUUCGCGAUUAUGCCUGGAAGUACGCCAAGCGGAUGUACUUCCCGCAGCACUAUCACCACGUGCAGGAGAUCCAAAAAUACAAUGUGCAGGACUACCGGCCGCGCAUGGAGCAGUUCCAGAAGGCAAUCCGCAAGGUGCGACAGGUGCAGCGGAUGCGGAAGCAGCGCGGGUACGCGUUCAGCCAGGCGGACGAGGGCGGGCAGAUGAGAGUUGUAAAUGCUUACGAUACCACGAGAGCAAGAGGACGAUAUGGUGAAAUGACCAGCUCGCGGGCACUAGUGUAA